AUGCGAUCCAGCGGCUCAGGAUCAUCAGGAGUGAAAAGAAAGGCGUCUUGCCUUGAAAGUGGAGAAUCGUCCUCAUCAACUUCAAACUCAAGUUCACCAUUGAGUUCGAGAAGAGCUUUCAUUAGAGCUUCGAAUCGCGGAACGCUAAAGCGCGCUGGUCCGUACUUACUUGGGCCGAGGUUGGGCAACUCGCCCGUCCGUAGCAUUGUUCAGUGUUUAGCCAAAAAGGAAGGUACAGAUGACUUUUAUUCAAUCAAAAUUCUAACCCUAGCAGAUCCAGGACGCGAAAGUUACGACGACAAACAAGGUAAAAUGUUGUUACACACGGAGUAUUCACUGCUCUCUCUCUUAAACGAUCAAGAUGGCGUUGUGCAUCACCAUGGACUUUUCAAAGACGAAUAUUACGAAGAAGUACCGCUUGAAAAAGAUUCUACGAACUCAGCGGCAAGCCAUCGCUCUCAAAAUGCGUGUGCAAGACAAUUUAGAAUCCGACAUCGUCUGUGUUUAGUUUUGGAUUGCCUCUGUGCCCACGACUUUAGUUCGGAAACAGCGGACCUCAUAAACCUUCAACAUUACGUGAUACGAGAGAAACGGUUAUCCGAAAGAGAAACGAUUAUAAUUUUCCACGACAUCGUCAGAGUAGUGGAGUGUUUACAUAAGGUAAGGAUACAGAGCGAAUGGAUAUUUGGUAAUGGUUUGUUAUGGUAUGAGAUUUUUUUUUCAUCCAGGAAAAGCUUUCAAUCUGUUUACUAUUUCAAUCGGAGGCUCGAAGUCCCUCUUCAAUUAUCAUUGAUCGAAGUGAAGUUAAUUUUGGUCCUACUGAACUGUUUUUUUUUUUUAACAGUAAUUUUAUCAUUUCCAAUUCAAAGAUUUUUUUUUUCAUUCAAAUCUUUAAUAAUUCGUGGAGGCUUUGCUUGCAUUUUCGCAUGUAUUUUCGUGUUCAAUUAAGAGAAAUUUUUUGCGUGGGUUUAAAUAAGUAUUCUAAUCACGGAAUUUCCUCUGUAGUCUGAGUGGAAUUAUUUUCUUGAAUUAUCGAUUAAAGGGCUUCUAACUUAUUUAACAGGUAAAUGCUUGGCAUUUCAGAGCGUCUUGUGCUUACAAUAUCCCAUUAAGGUCACAGCGAUGACAAUUUGACCGUUUCCGGUUUCAGUAAUACACGACUUGUAAAAUAUUUUCCAAAGCGAUCUCAACAAAAAACCUUAGAAAACAAGCUUACAAUCUACGGAGGCGUCGAAGAGAGUCCAAGCUAGUAUAGCACCAAAUCUGUGAGCUUCACUCCCACGCCACUCUGUGGUGCUGAGAGCGUACGUUGUAAGGGUCCAUUGUGCUCAAUGAAACGUGGAGGUGUGGGCGAAAUGUAUUAACUGCUUUUAGUUCAAGGAUAGAAUUGUGACAGAAGAUUUGACUAUUGAUUAAAUCAAUCAUCUAACACUUAACCUUCCUGAAAAUGUGCUCAAACAGAAAAUGAAAUAUUUUUAAAAUAACAUUCAGGAAAUGGAAAUAUUUUGGGGUCUCUGCUUGGUAGAAUUGCAGUAAAUUAGUAUUGAAUAGAAUAAGAAAUGAAUUUAAAUGAGUGGGCUGUUUAACUCUGGAAAGAUAAGGUCGAAAUUUUGCCCUAUGGAGGCAAGUUACCCUGCCUACUCUUUCAGCUGUUGGCAGGGUCGCAUUUUACCUUUCAGGUAAAAAGUGGUUUUCUUUCUAUUCAAGGCCAAGGUUAUGCAUAUUUUAAGAUCCGGUGUAAAACAAUUAACAAAACCCUGGGGAGUAAACCCACAAAUGUCUUAAAGCCUUACACUGAGAUCUGUUGUUUAACAUAUAAUUUUGAAGUUUUGGAAACAGGCUUUUGUGGGUUGUUCAUUGAACGUUAGUUAAGCUUUAGUAGCUGGGCUGACAUGUGAACUUUCCUUCACUUUCCUGCACUUAUCACCCUUUCACUCUCAAGAUCUCGUCAGUAAUUUCCUUUAUUGUUUGCCAUAAACAUUUUACAAUAAUUGUUUGGAGAAUUUGGUAUUGGAUAAGUCAAACCUGUAUCAAGCCACACUCUAUAAAGCAAUCAGUGGUCAAGGUUAUGAAUUUGUUUCACCUUAAUCACUGUAAUUUUCACCUUAAUUGAGCAGUCACCUCUAUUGUACAAUUGCAGUCACCUUUGAGUGAGUCCCAGCAGUGGAUUUGUAUUGUAUUUCACCUGUACUAAACAUUCACUUAACCCUUUAACUCCCAAGAUAUGAUUGUUAAUUCUCCCCUGUAGCUGCUACACAUUUCCUUGUAAAUUAGUUAUGAGAACUUGGUGCUAGAUCAAGAUAGCAGCUUCUACUUGAUAAGUAUGAAUAUUCUCAUUACCUGUUUGCUGAAGAUUGUAUGGAUAUUGUAGGGAGAAGUUUUAUGUUAAUUACUUCUGUGAGUUAAAGGUUUAAAGCAGAACCACUCAAAUAAAACUAAGAAUAAUCUUUCAAGUAAAAUUUAACCCUCUCUCAAAAUCAGUGCUAGUAGUAUUUUUGAGCACAUGUUUUUACUCUAACUGGCCAAUUAUGGCAUAAAUGGUAGGGUUUUCUGUCGUUUUCAAUUUUACCCCUCGUUUGUGGAGCCUGUAUUUAACAGCCAGCCUUUAGUAAGCAGUUACCCCACCAUUCCCCAUGGGUGGCCACUUAACCUUUUUAACCACUAAGAGUGACUAGCAUCUAAUUUCUCAUUACAAUAUAACCCCUGAAUUGCUAAUCAAGGCCAUGAGAAUAAAGGAAUGAUCACCAACUAAAGAGGAUCUUGAUUGUUAAACAAAUUCUCCUUGUCAAUAUCAUAGGAAAUAUCUAGAAAACAGUAUGGAGAAUAUGCCUACUGAUGUUAGGGAUUAAAGGGUUAAUUGAUAUAUUAUUUCCUUUUUCUCAUCACUUUCCUGCUUGAUGUUGUAGUUAUAUUGUAACGAUACAUUCUGACUAAGAGUAACAUAUCAUCGGUUUGCAAGUUAUUUAUAGUGGAGCUUGCAGCACGCGCAGUGUAGCCCAAUAAUUAUACGAAAUAGUAGUAACCCAUCAAGCCAAAAAAAUUUGGACUUACAACCAUACAACUGUACAUACAAGGUGCUACUUCUUGCAUGCGCAGCCAACUGUACCACAGGCAUGUCAACACCAUUGGAGCUUGUAGCACGCAUUCUCUGGGUUCGAGAUUAAUUUACAUUUUCUUGUUGCAUAUUGUUGGGAAAACUUUUUAACAGUUAGCACAAUUUUCUUGCCUGUUUUUGAAAAUUUUCAACCUCUUGCUGCAAGUUUUUUUAUUGAGACUUCCAAAAAUUGCUUACUGACUUAAACAUUUAACCUUAUAGCAUCUAUAAUAGAAUCAGUUCUCUACAUGGACAUGGAGAAGUUGCAAAUGAAAAUCCAUUGAUACAUGUAUGUUAUCCAUAGUUUUGUUGAAGAGACGUGUGGGAAAAAAAAUGCGAGCUCCGCUUUUAGGCUUGGCUAAAUCUUUAUAUUAAGUUAAUUUCCACAAAAUAUUGAAUACUAUUUUUGUGGUACAUUGUAUCCUAACUCUAACACCCCUGAAAGUAGCCAUAAACCAUUUAACUCCCACAAGAGACCAAGCGAGAAUUUCUUCUCUCGAUAUCAAUACAAUGUCAAGCAAGCAAGCAAUGAGAGUAAAGAAAAAUAUUGAUAGAGAGAUCAUUAGAUGAUCCUAUACCAACUUCUGAGAACUAACUAACAUCAUAAGGAUUACAUGGCAGAUGGUGCAGAGAACCACUAAUGGGAUCUUGGGAGUGAAAAUGUUCAAGGUUUAACCCUUUAACUCCCAGAACUAACAAACAUGUAACUUCUCCCUACAAUCUCCAUUCAUUAUCCAACAAACAGGUGAUGAGAAGUUACUCAAAUUUAUCAGGUUGAAGUUGUUACCUAUAUCUAAUACCAAAUUCUCCUAACUGAUUCACAAUGAAAAGUGUAGCAGCUUGAGGGGAGAAUAAGUAGUCAGAUCUUGGGAGUUAAAAGCUUAAUAAAAAUGGGUUUACAAGUAAUAUGUGCAUAUACAUCUACAUAUGUACUUUGUUACAAGAGAUUUCUUUGAAUGCAUAGGCAAACUUACAGCAAUUGAUAAACUCAAAAGGGAAAGUGAUUAGGUUAAGUCAUUUCUGUUUUAGUUGCCCACAGGUGUAAACCUAAACCUGAGAUUCAGUUGCUUGAUCUCUCCUGCACAUCAGGCAGUUUGCUUAUUUUUACUUGGAGUUGUCAUUAAAUUUUUGUGAUACUUUCAUUGUUAUGAUUAGCCCUUUUGAUUUAUUUGGUUUUGAUUGUAAAGGACUCAUUUUGUUUUCCUUUUUUUAUCCUCCUAUGAAUAGAACAUAAAAUGGCCCUUUUAAGAAACAAGUGCAAACUGAACUAGAUUGUUAACAUUAAUGCUGUAAUUGUUUUAGCCAAUAGUUAGAUACACAUAGUUUGACUCCAGUGUUCUAUAUUAAAAGAUUGCUUUUUUUCCUCACAGAGAAACAUAGUACACAGAGACUUAAAACUUGGAAAUAUUGUGCUAAAUAGAAGGUAACCAUUAUUUGCAAACUAUGUGAAUUAGUAAUCUUAACAUCAGUCCGAUCAGAUCAGCCAUACCUUUUUGCAACUAAAUUAGUCAGGCCUUAUCAAUUCCCAAACUACUGCCACAAUUCCAUUGAAACGUUUUAAACCUAAUUGGAAAAAACCCUGACUCACUAUUGAAUUGAUAAUUUGGUCAUUCAGACAAAGGGCCCAUUUGAGCAGGAUCAUUUUAUAAUUAGUGUGAUUGUAUUUGAUGUAGCACAAUCUAAAAUCAAUAUUGUUAAUAUUCAUGCAAUAUUUGCUUGAUGAAAAUAGUUAGAUAGAUUUAUAAAUUGUCUAUAAUGAAGCUUGCUUCUUUGGAUCAAGUGUGUGAGUGCUUGUUAAUUAUAUAGAGGUUUGGAAUGUUCUCAGCUGGUGACAAGAUGUACUUGUUGGUAUGUUCUUGUCAGUAGCAACCCUUUAAACCCUGGGAGUUAUGAGCAUCUAAUUUCACCUUACAUCAGUACAGCUGAAACAUUCACAAAGAUUAUGAGAAUAUGAGAAAUCAUCAUCACUCUCAGAAGCUUUGAUUGUAAAACAAGGCAAAUUGUAUAGAGAAAAUUGUGGAGAACGUGAACACUGAUGUAAGGGUGCAAAAGGCUAAUAGAGAUCUGAGUGUGACUUGGUGUUAUCAACACAAGCAACAUAGAAACAUCAACAAGUGUUCAAUAUACCCCCUGAUUUCUCAGGAUAAAUAAGGAACCUUUUUCCAUAUAAUUUCAUAAGGAUUUUUGUCUUGUCACUCUUAUCCAUAUUUGAAGAGUUUAACAUAGAUUGCUUGAAUAUUCCCUUUAGCACAAAAAGAAUAACAAUUACAAAUUUUUGCCUGGGGAAGCAUCUUAUACGAGAUAAUGAUCUGUUGAAAGACCAGCGAGGAAGUCCAGCUUACAUUAGUCCAGAUGUUCUUAGUGGUGAGUGAAAUUGUUUUAUUAAUACCUCACUUUGGUCUCUGAGAUCGUCAUUUUGUGGACAGAAUAAUUGAUGUUCUUGACUAGAUGCUAUGACAUUGGGGUAAAAAUACCUGGCGAGCAAGAAUCAUGACCUUACAAAGAUCAUUCACUGUCUUGACUAUAUAGUCCAGACAUCUUUAGUUCAUGUUUCUUUCACGCGGAUCAACUCCCUGUAACACUCAUGCUCUUGUGAUUGGUACCAACUGCCCACCUCAGAAAAGUAUCCGUAUAAAGUACAAUGUAGCCGUAAGAAAACCAACAAAGAAUUCAAAUAUCAAGGACUGACUCUAAAUGUCUGUUUAAGGGAGGGGUCUAUUGCACCAGUUGGUAUUUAUUAACACCUGUUUAUUAGCAUUUUAAUUUUGAGAGAAGUCGUUAUCCUUUUAACGUAAACUCCUCCGCCUUCUACUUCUUUGUCUGUCUGUCUGUCUGUCUGUCUGUCUCUAGACUAAACUUUAUGGUCAUAAUGCAUUUUUUAAAUUUUAGUCAACAGCAUACCUCAUUAUGAUGCAAGACAUCUUGUUUAUCACUUCACUCACUCACCUUCACUUUCUGCCCGAAAAAGGAGAGUUUAAUCCAAAGCUAUUACCUUCAUUGAAUGCUAACGAUGAGCAAAAAAGUUGAACUCCCUCUUUUGCUUUUUAAAGGGGCUCCUUAUUCAGGGAAAGCAAGUGACAUGUGGGCUCUUGGAGUCGUUUUAUACACCAUGCUGUACGGUCAGUUUCCAUUCUAUGACAGCAUACCUCACGAGCUGUUCAGAAAGAUCAAAACUGCAGAGUUUGUACUUCCAAAGUGAGUAUAUUUUUGUGGAAAAUUCACUUAUUCACAGCCUCACAACGUCUCAGAAAAAGACAGUUUUUGAUAAUAUUUUAUUAAAUAUGAAUAAGUUAAAAAGUCUUUGGAUGCUAUGAGGUUCUUGGCAUUGUCAGAAUAUGAACAGUCUCUCUGCAACCUCAAUCAGCUGAGUAAGCAAAAAUAUUUGGGUGCAAAUGAAAAAGAUCACCGCUGCAUGAAAAUUGGGAAGAAAGGCCCUUCGGGGUCUCAGGAAACGUAGCACCCUCCCCUUACCCUUACCCUUUCCCUCUUCCAUCCCCUUCUGCCAUUUCUCAUUCUUUAAUUUUGUUUUGAAAACCUGGCAGAUUAAGCGAGAAGGGAGUAACAGUUGGUAGGGUAACUUGUCAUAAUAUAUGGAUGAGAUUAAAUGUACUCUUCCGGUGCAAAAUGUUAUGGCUCAUUAAUCCGCAAAAGUGAAAAUCGACUUCGAGUUAUCGAGGGUAAAAUUACCAAAAAAGUACCUGAAGGGAAGUAAAUAUCACUUCGAGUUAUCGGGAAUUGGAGAUAUCGGAGUUUCGAGUUAUUGAUGUUAAACUUACAGUAUAUGCAUGAGGCAAAUCCAAGGGAAAUCAGUUUUGCUUCGAGUUAGCGGGAAAUUCGAGUUAUCGAGGGUUCGAGUUAUCGGGGUUCAACUAUACCCCUAAAUUGAUUAUUUCGUUCCAUCUGAACAAUUUAACAAUGGAUUAUUGAUGGAAGAAUUUAACUAGAGAUCACUUAGGGGUUAGAGGGUUAAGGACGGAGUUAUUUCAUGCAUUUCAUAUUAAGUAACAGUUUCCGUGUACAGUAGGUGAGCUAGAGUCCACUUCCCUUUCACUGUGUCCAAGACCACGUGUGGACGCGUCCAUGAAACUAGUGCUCAACAAAGUGAUUAUGACUAAUGUUUUCCUUUUCAAUUCCCCCUCAGCGACGGGCGCGUGUCUGAUAACACCAAGUCACUGAUAGGUCUGUUGCUAAUGUUAGACCCUCAAAAGAGACUUACAGCCUCUGGUGUGUUGGAUUUCCUGAGGAACACUAUGACAGCAAGGUGAGUAAAUCAGUAACAGUUCAUCGCAAAAGAAUCGCUUCUCCUGGUGCUGCAAGAGCAACAACCUUCUUGCAGCGUUCAAAAUGAUUGUAGUUUCAUUGUGCCAUGAGGUUGGUGAGAUUACCAAAUGAAGUAUCUCUUAAAAUUGAAAAGGCAACGAAUCAUUCCCAUUUCCCAACGCAUCGUCUAAUCGUCAUUACUUUCCAUUACCAUCUAAAAAAGCAUUUCUUGACGCCUUAAGGUGAAUUUUCUCACUUGGCACCGACAUAUCUUGAACUGCCCUUUGUGACAAGAAAAUUGGCCGCAUUACAACUGCGCUAUAGAAACCUAACCCUUCUUUACUGGGCUCUCUUCCCCAUUCCCUCGCCCACCUUUUCCUUCCAAUUAGAGAGUAUUUAUACAAAAAAGAAUCCUUUGUAAAUUUCACUUUUUCGUUUCAGUAGGUAUCUUACUAACACAGUCAGUGAACCUGCACAAGUUGUCCCAGAUAUAGAUGAGGAGUCUUCAAGUGACUCCACGAAGGAAUUUGAUAGUUCAUCGAGGCUAAGAGCACCAGAACUUGAACUUCGUUUGUCAAAAUAUCGUGACAAUGUGAGCAAUAAGGAGCCAAGACUGACUCUCACCCGUGAGAGUCUCACGCAGCCGCCCAUACGACGGAUUUCAGAGGACGCCCGACCGCUCACGGCGGCCGAAAUUCUGGCCCAUCGUCAUUUGUUAUAG